AAGAAAGAAAGAAAGAAAGAAAGAAAGAGCGCGUGUGUGAUGUGUUUGUGUAUCCUCAGUGUUUUCUCUCUUGCGUGUUUCAUUGAGUGUAAACAGUCUCUUGUCUCUGUGUAUUUUAGUGUUGAGACAUUGAGUAGGAUCUAAUCUGUCCAUGCUGGAUAUAUUGAUGAUUUCAUCACAGAAAUCUCUCAGCUGAAGAAAGAGGUGGCGUUACUGGAGACAAAGCUGAGGUCAAGAGGAGAUUUAGCAAUGAAUCGAGAGGAUGUGGAUUGUUGUGAAUCUUCAGUGUAUGUGACUGAUGAUGGGAGUCUGGAUUCAGUGUGGAUGAGCAGAGAUCAGAGUCGCACACCACAGACACUGCUGGACUCUAAACUCUCUGAAGAGAAAUCCAGACACACACAGGACUCCGAUUUCAGUUUGACUUUACUCUGUUAUACUGAGUCAAAGCCCACAGACACUCAGGACACUACAGUGUGUGACAGUAAACAGAGCUUACAGGAGGAUCAAACCUCCACAGAGUCUCUGGAUUCUGUCUGUAAUGCUGGAGAACAUAAACAGAUCCUGCAGAACAAACUGAAGAUGUGUUCAGUUAAACUCAUCGACUGCAUGAACCUCAUGAUGAAGAUUAAAACUCAACCCACAGAAAUGAAAACUGAACCCACAGAAACCCAACCUGAACCCACAGAAACCAAAACUGAACCCACAGAAAUCAAACCUGAACCCACAGAAAUCAAACCUGAACCCACAGAAAUCAAACCUGAACCCACAGAAAUCAAACCUGAACCCACAGAAAUCAAACCUGAACCCACAGAAAUCAAACCUGAACUCACAGAAAUCAAAACUGAACCCACAGAAGAGGAAGAUCGAAAUGAGGAACAUGAUGAUUUUAAUCCAUCAGAUGUGAAGAGUGAUUCAUGUUUGGAUAUAGAAAUAACGUCCUCAACAUCAAAAGAGCGACUGACAGCACAAACUCUUUCCUGCAUCACCUGUGAAAAGACAUUCAGCUCACAGAGACUUUUAGAGAGACAUGAGAGAAAACACACAGAACAGAAACUCUUCACCAGAUCUGAGAUCAGCUUUACUACCUUACAAGAGAAGAAACUUCAUUCAGAAGACCACAGAGAGAAGAAGAAGAAGAAGAAGCAGUUUCACUGUGAGCAGUGUGGGAGGAUUUGUGUCUCUUCCUCUAAACUAAAUAUUCACAUGAGGACACACAGUGAUGAAAAGCCUUUCAACUGCACUGAAUGUGGAAAAUACUUUAAAACCAAAAACAAUCUUAAAGUUCAUCAAAGACUUCAUACAGGUGAAAAACCUUUCAAAUGCUCUGAGUGUGAUAAGAGCUUCUCUAAUUCAUCUCAUUUAAGGGUUCACCAGAGAGUUCAUACAGGAGAAAAAACGUAUGAGUGUCCUCACUGUGAGAAGAGAUUUAGCUGUAAACGUGUUCUGAAGACUCAUGUGCUUUUACACACCAAUGAGAGACCGUAUCAGUGCAGUGAAUGUGACAAAACCUUUAGGGAUUCAAGUUCAUUAAAAAAACACCAGACUAUUCACUUUAAAGAGAAACUCUAUCAGUGUUCACACUGUGAUAAACGUUUCUCUCAUAACUAUAAGCUGAUAAUCCAUGAGAGAGUUCACACUGGAGAAAAACCUUACAAAUGCUCACAAUGUGACAAGACUUUUAACUAUUCACGUUACUUAAAAGCCCAUCAGAGAGUUCACACUGGAGAGAAACCUUAUCAGUGUAGUGUCUGUGGGAAGAGUUUUAGUCACAAAUCAAACUUUCUAAGGCACCAGAAAGUUCAUACAGGUGAAAAACCUUACAAAUGCUCUCAGUGUGACAAGACGUUUACUUACUCAUCUAACUUAAAAGCCCAUCGGAGAGUUCACACUGGAGAGAAACCUUAUCACUGUAGUGUCUGUGGAAAGAGUUUCUCUUGUUCAUCUCAAUUCAGAGUUCAUCAGAGAGUUCAUACUGGAAAGAAACCUUAUCACUGUAGUCUCUGUGGUAAGAGUUUCUCUUGUUCAUCUCAAUUCAGAGUUCAUCAGAGAGUUCAUACUGGAGAGAAACCUUAUCACUGUAGUCUCUGUGGGAAGAGUUUUAGUGUAAAGGAUACCUUACUAAGGCACCAGAGAGUUCAUACAGGUGAAAAACCUUACAAAUGCUCUCAGUGUGACAAGACGUUUGCUUAUUCAGGUCCCUUCAGAGUCCAUCAGAGACUUCACACUGGACAGAACCUUUAACUCUUUCCCCACCAACGUUUAAAAAAAGUUGCCAGCCAGCACCAGCUUUUUUCAUGAUUUUCACAAAAGUUUAAUAUUUUCCAGAAAAUGUACAAUAUAUCAAAUAAAGAAAUAGACCCUCUGCUUUCAAACAAAAAAGACGUUUCAUCCUACCUUCAUUAGUUAUCUUGUAUUGUGGAAAGCCGGAAUUACUCGUCAUUGGCAGGGAAGCCUUUUUUUACUACGACAAUGGUGGAAAACCGGAACGUGAAUAAUAGACUGAGGAGGAGAGCAUCUAAAGCGCUAACAGAGGGGUGUGUGGUGUGCUGCUUUUGGGCUUCCAGGGCCACUUUUAGGAUGUAACUAUAUGACUGCAGGUGAAGGUGGCAAUGUGAUAAAUAUUGCAUCUACUUUGACCUAUGAUGUCAUAUGACAGUCUAGUAGUGGUGUCCCAUUUCUUAGGGGAAUAUUAUUAACCCUUCCCCUUUUCACACUGUUUUAGGAGGCAAGGUUAAGGGUUAGGCGUAUAAAAUAGAAUUGGAAUUGGCUUCAGCUGGCACAGAGGAGGACUGGAAUCUGGAGUGCAUUCAUGAGCGACCACAUUCAAAAUAACAAGUAUUUUGUUAUAAUGUGCAAAUGUUUUUUCUGAAAUAGUUUUUUCUAUGUGCUUUGGUGGGCAGAGAAGUUCUGAAUUGAUAUACAUCAUGUAAUAUGUAGUCCUGACUCAUUCUCUUUUGAUAAUCAUGUCAUUUUGUUAUCAUGUGUAUAUUUGGCGUUUCCAAGUGCACUUUUUCUGAAAGGACGCCUGGACUUUUUUUAAAUAAAAGCUCACAGAAACAACA